AUGCUUUAAAAUAUAUUAUCAAUCUUGAAGAUGUCGAAGGCAAAGGCAAAGGCCAGGGAAAAGAUGUACUCUAAUUCUACUCUAGUAGUAUUGACAGAGGUUUUUUAAGAUACAGCUUCGUCAAUGAAAUCAUGAUGAUGACAAAUGAAAGUACAAAUAAUAUCCGUUUGAAUAUUGCUUUACGAGUGGUAUGAUUCCCAAUCCUUUCUGAAUUUCAUUAGCUCCGUCUAGGUGCACCUACCCAGGAGUGGAAUAUACAGCAGCGAUGGCCGUAAGACUUCGUUUGACACUAGUUUUCUUGAUGCUGACUUUGUUUAUUGGAAUGUUGACGUUUUACAUAGUUUUUAAAUCUAAUUCCGAAGAAUCACAGGAACUACCCCACUCUUCCAUACGAUCUGCAGGGCGAGAAACGGUAAAUAUGCAGAACUUGGUUACGAAACCUACCCCCCAGGAUUCCAAGUGUGCCUACCAUACGUGUGUCAAUGUAUUUCAUUGUGGUUAUAAUGACAUGACUCGCAUAAGUGUGUAUGUUUAUCCUCUUGUGCAGUACUCUGACGAAAAUGGAUAUCUGUUAUCUCCUGUUCUCUCUCGGGAGUUUUACGAAAUUCUAGAGGCCAUCUCGCAGAGUCCUUACCAUACAGACAACCCAGAAAUGGCGUGUUUGUAUGUUCCCACGCUCGACACUCUCAAUCAGAAUAAUGUCAGAACAAAAGAACUUGGAAAACUUUAUACUUUGUUUAACUGGUGGAAUGAUGGAGCAAAUCACCUGAUUUUCAACAUGUUGCCAGGCGAGUUGCCAAAUUACAAAACAAUACUGGAGGCUGAUACAGGCAAGGCUGUCAUCGCUGGGGGAGGUUUCUCGACGUGGAGUUACAGAAGAGGCUUCGAUGUGUCCAUUCCAGUGUUUAACCCCAACUUACAGAAUGUAAACUUCAAACAUAAAUCCAAUCUAGAAACGAGAAAGUGGCUGCUGAUCUCUGCCCAGGUCGGCCUCCACAGCGAGUACAAAGAUGUCAUGUUUGAGGUUGCAGCCUCGGAGAAGAGGUUCCUCAUCAUGGACAAGUGUGGUGACGAGAAGAAGUGGGAUUUUACGAGGCGGUGCCAGGGAUUAGUGGAGUACAAGUAUCCAGACAUACUACAAGAGAGUAAGUUUUGUAUGGUGCUGAGGAGUGCUCGACUUGGACACACGGCUCUGGGUGAUGCCCUCAUGACGGGCUGUGUUCCUGUCAUCGUAGCGGAUGGAUAUAUCUUGCCAUUUUCUGAAGUCCUAGACUGGAAAAGGGCGGCGGUGGUGAUUAGAGAGGAUGACUUGAAGGAUGUGGUGGAAGUGUUGAAGUCUUACAGCAUGGAGAGAAUCUACCAGAUGAGGAGACAGGCCAGGUUCUUCUGGGAAAACUACUUCCACUCAAUCAAAGGCAUUACCAUGACAACCCUACAGAUCCUCAAUGACAGGAUGUUUCCUUGUGUAGCGAAAACAUACGAAGAAUGGAAUGAGAUUCCAAACCCAAAAGCCGUCUGGAAUCCCAUGUUUCUGCCUCUGAUCCCGCCCAGCUCCCAGGGAUUCACUGCGGUCAUAUUGACCUACAAUCGUCCCGAUUCCCUGUUCAAGGUCAUUUCUCAACUUUCUUUAGUCCAGAGUCUUGCCAAGAUUGUGGUCAUCUGGAAUAACCAGGCCAAGCAACCACCUCCAAUGACAGCUUGGCCAUUGAUUUCCAAACCUUUGAAAAUUAUCCAGACACAGAAAAACAAACUCAGCAACAGGUUUUUUCCCUACCAUGAAAUUCAGACGGAGUGUAUCCUGGCCAUUGACGAUGAUAUAAACAUGCUGACAGCAGAUGAAGUGGAAUUUGGAUACCAGGUGUGGCGUGAGUUUCCAGAUAGGUUGGUGGGUUUUCCAUCUCGAGUUCAUCUCUACGGAAACGAGUCGAACAAGUACAAAUAUGAAUCGGAGUGGAAGAACAACAUUUCUAUGGUGCUGACAGGAGCUGCUUUUCAUCACAAGUAUUACAGUUACCUGUACACUUACAACAUGCCUGGUCAUAUCAAGCAAUGGGUGGAUGACAACAUGAACUGUGAAGACAUAGCCAUGAACUUUCUCAUCUCAAACAUCACUGGAAAGGGCCCUAUCAAAGUGGCCCCUCGUAAAAAAUUCAAAUGUCCAGAGUGCACCACCAGUGAAACGCUAUCCUCUGAUGUUUUACACAUGGUGGAAAGAUCCGAGUGUGUGAAUAAUUUUGUCAGGGCGUACCAAUCGAUGCCUCUUAAGGGGGUGGAAUUCCGGGUCGAUCCAGUGUUGUACAAGGACGAUGUACCGAGUGUUGUAAAAAUGUACACAGGUGUUGGGAGCUUGUGAUAUAAACAUAUUUUUAUAUCAAAUUUUGACCAAUAUUUUAUUUAUUUCCUUUAAUUGGAUAAUUUGUAUAGGCAUUUUUAUAUGGAUUCCAUUGUGUUGUAUUUGUGGUGUAAAAAUCUGGCAAAGCCAGAAUAUUUUGUGUGUUAAUUAUGUUAUGCAGAAUUUAUGAUAUCAUCAAAUGACGCUUUUCUUACAAAUUUUCCUUCAAACGUUUUACACAAGUUUUAGAAAAUAUAAGUAGUCUUAUUAGGUUGUUUUUAGGGCAUAGUGCUUACUCAUGCAAUUGCAUUGCUACAUCUUAAUUAAAAGCUUUUGGUCAUUGCACAGGAACAACAAUGAUGUAGCUGGAUUUUUGUCUUAAUUAGACUGCAGGUAAGAGACAAGAGAACAGGACAGCCCAAUUCUAGUCUGGUCUUGCAUAUUCUAUUUUUUCGUAGCUGUGUGGACACAAAUUUUUACUUCAGCAUGAGAAUGCAUGGAAUAUUUUCUAUAGGCAAUCUUUAAUGUUUUUUUCUACAUGUGAAACUUGAACAAAAUAGCUACUUGUAGUGAAUGCCGUAAUUCAUAACUCAAGACUUUCACAGAGGCUUGUUCAAAGAACAAAAGGGAUGAAACUAUACGAGUUCAUGUCUUGUGUAUUAACUGGAUGGUGCUAAUAUUUAGAUUAUUUAGAUUUUUGUGUGUGAUUUUGGUAUUAUUCGUUUAUGUACAUUUUUUACGUGCAUGUUGUAUACCUAUCAACAGGUGAUGUAGAUCUGAAAGUUACGGCAAUACAGGUAUAUAUGUUUCCUCUCUUGUUCCGUACAAGUACGCAUUGAAAAUAUCCAUACAUUAAAGUGAUGAAAGUUGUAGUACUCGACUUUGGUUGUACAAAGUGAUUUAGCUUUUUUUUCAGUUGUUUUUUGUUGUGUAUAUACAUAUUCCUGUGUUGUUUUGAAGACUGUUGCUUUAUACAUAAGUCACAUUUGAUAUAGUUCUAAUAUAUUUACAAAUGUAUACAUAUUUAUAAUAUGAUAUACUGUACAUGUUUAUCAAGAACUGGAGCAAGCAUUAAUGUUUAUCAAGAACUGUGGAGCUAGCAAUGUUUAUCAUUCACUGUGGAGCUAGCAUUAAUGUUCAUCAAGAACUGUGGAGCUAGCAUUAAUGUUUAUCAAGAACUGUGGAGCUAGCAUUAAUGUUUAUCAAGAACUGUGGAGCAAGCUUUAACCGUAGAGCAAGCUUUGAAUUAAUGUUUAUCAGGUACUAUGUGGUAUUUAACAUAGAUGAUUAAUGAACCAGCCCUGAAAGGCUGUAAUGUUCCAAUAAAAUCUUACACAUUCAAA